UGCAUUUCAGGCAUCCAGAUGAAGACGCAACGACAUUACCAGUUAUUCAGAUAAAGAAACAUAUUUGACAGUGUUCUCACCCACGGUCUUUCCGGCCGAAUUUUCAGACUUGUUUGUAAACGUAUGACCGUGGUUCUCACGCAUUUUCGCGCUCAAAAAUACUGUACACCGACGUCAAAGGAAUUUUGAAUAAAAAAUUGAAAAAACAUGAAUUUGGAGUUGCUAGAGUCGUUCGGUCAAAAUUACCCAGAGGAAUUCGAUGGAACUUUAGAUUGCAUAUCAUUAGCAGUAACAUGUACAUUUAAUAAAAGAGGAACGCUGCUAGCCGUUGGUUGUAACGAUGGUCGAAUCGUGAUAUGGGAUUUUUUAACAAGAGGUAUAGCCAAAAUAAUCAGCGCACAUGUACACCCGGUCUGUUCAUUGAGUUGGUCAAGGAACGGUCACAAAUUACUAAGCGCUUCGACGGAUAAUAAUGUCUGUAUAUGGGAUGUACUGUUGGGAGAGUGUGACCAAAAAUACAGAUUCCCAUCGCCGAUUCUUAAAGUACAAUUCCAUCCUAGAAAUCCAAAUAAAUUUCUUGUAUGUCCGAUGAGACACGCAGCAGUAAUGGUGGAUAUAGAAGGUACUCAUCGUGUCAUUCCACUCGACGAAGAUAGUGACUUAAACAUUGUAGCAUCAUUCGAUCGGCGAGGGGGCUACGUAUUCACCGGAAAUGCGAGGGGUCGAAUAUUGGUACUCGAUUCUGAAACAUUGUCCAUAAAAGCUUCGUACAAAAUUUCCCAAGGAACGGCAAGCAAUACGGCUGUAAAAAGUAUCGAAUUUGCCCGACGCGGCUCAUGCUUUCUCGUAAACACAUCGGACCGUGUUAUACGAGUUUAUGACAGCACUGAAAUAUUAGCCUGCGGCAAAGACGGCGAACCUGAGCCAAUACAAAAAUUGCAGGAUCUCGUAAACAAAACUAUGUGGAAAAAAUGCUGUUUCUCCGGUGAUGGCGAAUACGUAUGCGCCGGUUCAGCCAGACAACAUGCUCUUUACGUUUGGGAAAAAAGUAUCGGUAAUUUAGUGAAAAUAUUACAUGGCACGAAAGGAGAACUUCUUCUUGACGUUGUAUGGCAUCCGGUGAGACCUAUAAUAGCUUCAAUUUCAUCGGGAGUUGUAUCGAUAUGGGCUCAAAAUCAGGUUGAAAAUUGGUCAGCAUUUGCUCCGGACUUUAAAGAGCUUGACGAGAAUGUCGAAUACGAAGAAAGAGAAAGCGAAUUCGAUCUAAGCGACGAGGACAAAUCGUUGGUACAGGGUGAGGAGGCUCAAGACGAAGAAGUUGAAGUUGAUGUUGCAGCUAUCGACAGGGUAGCCGCGUUUUGCAGUUCGGAUGAGGAAACUGAAGACAUCGGAUCACUACAAUUUUUGCCUAUAUCACCGGAUGUUGAAGAGUCUGAAGAAAAUCAAUCUACGUCUCACGAGCCACCCGUUAAAAAACACCGUUCCCACAAUAUCAAUUUGCAAGGAGCACCCACCGACGAAAUACAUCCACUUUUGAAUAAAGGGAAAGAUAAGCCCGCUGCUAAAAAAGGAAGACCGCGGCUGGAACAUCGGAGAGGAAAAUAAUUUUGGUUACCAUAAAUAUCUUUGAAAAAAAAUCAAUAAAAUGUAUAUUUGGAAGAAGA